AGCGUAAUGGAGCGAGCGCUGUAUAAAGAGUAAGCAUCACGCUCAGGAGAAGAAAGAGACACGAGACACCGUGAAUAUCCAGGGAAACACGACUCGUCUUUAACGCUCCUCGGUCGCUUUUGAAGGUGGAAGUGAAAGAACUGUAGACCACAAAAACAGCGAAGAUGACUAAAGACACUGAAGUGGACAUGAAGGAUGUGGAGCUCAACGAAGUGGAUCCAGAGAAGCAGCCCAUGACCGGCGGAGACACGGGCAAUGGCGACGCCAGCUCCCCUGUGACAGAGAAAAACGGCAGCGUGAAGGUGAAAAUCCCUGAGGAGAAAGAAUCCAAGUUUACUGGUCUGUCCAAGGAGGAGCUUCUGAAAGUCGCUGGAACUCCAGGGUGGGUUAAGGCCCGAUGGGCACUGCUCAUUCUCUUCUGGCUCGGCUGGAUUGGGAUGCUGGCUGGGGCUGUUGUCAUCAUUGUCCAAGCACCUCGAUGCAAACCCCUUCCCGAGAUGAACUGGUGGGAUUAUGGUGCGCUGUACCAGAUCGGAGACGUCAAUUCGUUCACGGAAAAUGGACUUGAAGGUUUGCAGAAGAAGAUUGACGAUGUGGGGAAACUGAAGGUAAAGGGUCUGAUUAUUGGUCCUAUCCAUGCAUCCAAUGCUGACAAGCCUGAAGACCUGAAUUUAAAGGAGAUCUCCUCUGAUAUUGGCAAUCUGGAACAGCUGAAGCGAGUUAUUGAGACAGCACACAAGAAGAGUAUCUCUGUGGUUUUGGAUCUGACCCCUAACUAUAAAGGAACAGACCCUUGGUUCUCCAAUAGCAGUGUCGCACAAGUGACGAACAAAGUCAAGUCUGCCACUGAUUUUUGGCUGGAAGAAGGUAUGGAUGGAAUCCUCCUUCAUGGCGUUGAGCAGAUUACUGUGGACUCCUUUUGGACCAACAUGAGAGAUGCUAUCAAGAAUCACACUAAGGAUGAGAAGAAAAAGGUCCUUAUUGGAGUUACCACAGUGAAAUCUGCUGACGAGGUGAGAAAAGAGUUGAACAGGACUGGCGUGGAUCUGCUCCUUUCUGGGGUCCUGAAUCUCAUUUCUGGUGUGGAGAUCGCUCAGGUUGUGGAAAGUCUCUACUCUACUGACCAGGAGACUGAUCUGGCCUGGAACAUUGGCGACCGUGUCAGGGGUCACCUGGCUUCCAUAGUGACAUCGGCGCGUGUGAAGCUGAGCCAGUUGCUGCUGUUCACCCUACCUGGUACACCUGUGUUCAACUAUGGAGAUGAAAUAGGACUGGAAGAUAGUCAGACUGAUGUAGACCCAACCAUGGUGUGGCUAAAUAGUACAGAAAAGGAAGAGGGGGACAACUUGAAAUUUUUCAAGGAAGCAAGUGACCUUAGAGGGAAGGAACGUUCCCUCCAGCAUGGAGAAUACUUGCUUCUGAGCAACUCCACCAGUGCCAUGGCCUACUUGCGCAAGUGGGACCAGAGCGAGCGCUACAUAGUUGCUUUGAACUGGCACCCUAGUGAUUCUGUCACUCUGCAACUAACACAGAAGGAGCUUCCUGGGAAAGCCACCGUUGUCAUCAGCACUGAUGCAAAACAGCUGGCUGCUAACACCAAUGUUAAUCUGGCUGAGCUGACAGUGGGGCCCCAACAGGCCGUUAUGCUAAAAUUCCCUUACACUCCAUAAAAAGCUGUAGGUUUACAUUUGGAUGUGAGGACCUUAUACAUAAUAGUAAAAUGUUGCUUGUUGGGCAUUCUGUUACUUUUUCCCAAUGUUAUCAAAAUGCACUAAAACUGUGGAACUAGGUUUUAAUUUGAAACACAUGUAAUGUAUAUGCAGGUAUGUGCCAGUCAAAAGACUGAGGCAUUCAAUGUAGAAGUUGAGGCCAACUUUUUAAAAUGUUUUUUCUACUUUUUUUUUUAUUAUUGUUAUUGUUUUACUGUUACUUGGAACACAUUCCGUUAAAGACUGUUUCAGCCUUUGUAAGAUUUUAGUUUUUGUGAUGAUGCAAAAUGUUUCCACUGCACUUGUCCCAAAAUGUUCUAUCAAUGAUUGACAAGCAUCGCAUGAACAGCCCCUCCAAACAAACCCUAAAAAAAAGAUGCAUGAAAAAUAAAGCUGGAAGACAAUUCAU